CAGGCGGCAUUCACGGCUACGUUCAGGUUGUAUCUAUCGGCGCGUGCAUCACCUGGGAGGGCUGAAGCGUUUCUGGAUCUGCGGCGAGCUCUAAAGGGAAAAUCGAUGGCAGGGACGAGGUGUGUCGUCAACGACGGUGAAUUUUCACAGGCGAGUCGGGACACACGCGAAUAAAACAGAAACGUAUUCUCGGCGCGACGACCGCGAGGAGAUCGAAAGGAAUUUCGCGAUUGUAGCGCGGAACGCGCCCUGCACCCGGGCGGCGUUGCAUCCUCGCCGACCUCGCCUCGCGUAUUUGGCUGUCCUCUCACCAUGGUACUUAAGAACGUUAGCGUGCAUCGGCGAUCCACUGGCAACGUCCGCGGCACGAAUGUCCAACGGAAUUUCUGCGCGAUGUAUCGGAUCAGAGUCUGCAAUCCGGAUUAAGACGGGCGACGAUGACGACGUGCUGGACGAACCAGGUCUAGGCGAUAUUUAACAUCUGUCAAACUGCAGGACAUUUGUAAUUGCAGGAAAGUCGUAUCGCAAACACAAUCUUAUUGCACCAUGACGGUUGCAUCGAAGGGACUGAUAUCUCACGGCUGAAAUUGCUUUGUGAAAUUGCCAUUCAUCGCGCGACCUUCGGAUACGAAGCUUCCGCGGGAAAAACGAUCGUGCGUGGCGUGCACGUUUCAGUACGACGCCGACCGUCGCCGGGUGAGGAACAACUAUUAUCAUUAGUGCUCCGACGUAACCAGCUCGACUAACCAAGCUCACGUUCUCCGAUAAUCGGCUCCGACGUGCGACGGGAAAAUCAGAGAACAGGAAAGAUCGGCGCUCUUCUGGGGGAAAGUAGCCAAACGAGCAGGAAAAUUGGGUUUACACAGAUAUCGAAUAUACAAAAAGAAAAAAUGCAGAAUAUAUUUGAGGUCGACGAUAACGAUGUCAUUUAUAAAGAUGUUGUCAUCAUAGGAAAUGGACCCAGCGGGAUAUGUCUAUCGUAUAUGCUCGCCGGAAAUUGGCCUUACUAUACCGGCGAACCUCAUCCUGGCGAUGAUAUGCUGACAGCACGACUGCGGUUUUGCACGACCAGCAAUGAGGAGUGCGAUGAUACGCCGGACGAUGCGAACACUGAUGUAACUAUUAACAAUCGUCGUCAGUGCUCCAAGUCUGGUGUCAGCAGGACGCAAGGAGGUGCGCUAGUGUGCAGUACACGCUGCAAACUUGAAUGCCUGUCCUCCGGCAUCGAGGGUAGAGGCGGCGGUCGACCACUGGCUCUUCUCAUGGAUCAGUUGCAGCAUCCGUGUGUCGAUGCCGGACUCGACGUGCCCUCGCUGCUUAAUUGGAUUUCCGCUGACGAACAUCUCGAGCAUAGGAUCGUGGACCACGUUGUCCUUGGUAAGGGCCAACCAGGCGGUGCUUGGCAGUCUAUGGAUCCCAAUGUACUGACUAUCAGUCUGAGCCGAUGGAUGUCACUUCCCGAUUUGGAUCUGAGGCAGUGGGAGAAACUUGUCGAAGCCGAACAGUUACAAAAAUCGGUUUUAGCCGCAGAGAAUGAUGUAUAUGCGCGCCUAGAAAAACUGAAUGUUUGUAAGGCGUCUAGUCGAGUUUCUAUGGGUACCGUGGCAACGUAUUACAAAGACUACGUGCACAGGAAAGGCUUGACACAAUAUUUCCGAUGUGGGACCACAGUUACUUCAGUAAGACCGAAUUCGGACUCGCCUGAGAGCAAAGGAGGAUACAAUUGGAUUGUAGACGGGUACGAGAACAAAAAUGGAAAACGAUUUCGAUAUCGAUGUAAAAGGGCGGUUCUUGCAACUGGCACGACCGAUUUAUCCAAUCAUCUGGGCAUUUCAGGGGAGAACACAAAUCGCCAAUGGGUGACACACGAUCUUAACGAUCUUGAGACUCGAUUAGGAUGUUUGGUUAACGAGUACGGCAAAGAUUCGACCGAUGAACAGAUCCCACCCGUGUUAGUAAUCGGAGCUGGUCUGAGCGCAGCCGACGCGAUUAUGGCCGCACGCUUUCGAGGCAUACCUGUGUUACACGCAUUCCGCAACUCGUUAAACGAGUGGGGCAAACAGACCGCUGGGAGAAUAACUACUAGUUAUGAUCGACUGCAAUGGCUACCGGAUUCCAUAUAUCCGGAGUAUCAUAAAGUGUAUGAAAUGAUGGCUGACGGAGGUACAAAUUAUCCUUUGUACAAGUCUUUGCCAGGAUAUACACUCGUCAGUCUUUCUGAAAAUUGCGAGAAAGGAAACAUAAGGAGGACAGUCACACUUUCCGCUCCAAACGGUCAGCUGCACACAUUUCCAAUAUCUAUUGCAGCCAUUCUUAUCGGAUACAAACCAGACUUGUCAUAUUUAGAAGGUGGCGGUACGGAAUUGGGUAAAUUCGCAGAUAAGCCGAUUGAUAGCAAAUCUAAUCCAAUUGAAAUCGAUGAUUUCACAUAUGAGAUGAUUAACGCGCCGAUAAAAGGACUUUAUGCAUUAGGACCUCUAGUUGGUAACAACUUUGUUCGCUUCGUUUUGGGCGGUGCGCUUGGAAUUGUGGCGCAUAUUUUAUGCACCACAAACACCUGAGACAACUACUCGCGCGACUCAAUCGUAUCUUAGCAAAAUUAUUUUAUAUAUACAGGGUGCGUCAUCAAAAUCAUUCGAACAAAUUUCAAUUUAAAUUUUCCGCUAUAUUGUGCCUCCGCAACCAGAGGUUGUUGUUGGCGUCCGAGAAAGUCUGAUGCUUCUAGUGAACAGUUAUUGAGUAUAAUGAACAGUCAUUCUCAAAAUGCGAUAUUGAAACCAAGUGCGGAGUAUAAUCGCGAUCAUCCAAGGCCUUCGUGCUGAGCACUCAGCAAUGGAAAUAAUUCUUUGGAUACCCGAGAUCAAUCGUUUAUGACGUUUUGCAAAAUAUAUGGCUUUAGAACAGUCCAACGAAGGUUCCAGUAUGCCAGCGAGGAAGAGUCACUCGAAAGAAUACACCACGAGGACUCCUGCAAUCGUUGAAAAGGCUCAAGCGCUGAUUUCAGAUGAUUCAGGAUAAUCGUGCGAAAAUUAGCAUCGAUUAUUGGUGUAAGCGAGCCAACAAUGCCGAGGAGGACCUUCGAUACAAAUCGUACACAUUAAAGAUACACGACAGAUGCUCUCUGAGACUGCCAGGACAAGCUGUGUUGCUCGCCUCAACUCCCAUUCUGGUCUCUCCCAACAGCCCAAAUUUAAAUCCCUUGGACUACUAUGUAUGGAGUGAAAGUUGAAAGGAUCAACAAGUCUCGGCAUCCCAAUGUGACGUCAUUAAGGAUCGCUAUUGAGGCAACAUUCAUCAGCAUGGACAGCGCUACAUUAUAGCGUGCAAACGCUUCAAAUCGAAAAUAAAAGCUGUCAUUCAAGCUAAUAGGGGAUAUAUCGAAUAAUUGAUCUACAGGGAGGGAGUCCUCAAGUGCCAUGUAAAAGGAUUUUUUGUAAUAUUUAAUUUUUCAUUAAAAACAUUGUUUAAAGAAAUUGUUCGAUUUCCGGAUGUGGUGAUGCAUCCUGUAGACGCAUUAACAUUGUGUGACUCCUGCUCAAUUCGUAUGGGUGACUAUCGCUUAGUUCUUAACAUUUAUAUCAAGAGAUUGCUGAGUAAAUGUGUUUGUAUAUACUAUUGAAAUUAUUUUUAUAUUCUUUCCAUAUUAUAUCCUUCGCGAGGAAACGACCGAUUUUUAAAUGUACAUAACUAUUUAAUUGUUUCGUCGAGAUAUCUCCUAGGAUGCAUUUUACUUAACGCUUGCAACGCUUGCGAGCAUCAUUUUAUUCAUGUCAAUAAAUGUUGGGGACGAAAUAAUGCACGUGAGCGUUGCGAAAGUUAAGUGGAACGCACCGUAGCGUAGCGAAAAUUAAAGUGCAAUGAUAAUUACAACAUUUACUCAGCGAGUAGUGACUUACAACGUGCGGAAAAAGAUGAGUUUAAAUGCCACUUUUUAUCUAUUUUAGAUCUGUCCGCGCUUGUUAACAUUCCAUUUGCUAAGCAUAUUAUGUAUGAGAUAAUAUCAAUAGUAAUUGCACUUAAAUUUAAUAAUUUGUUUUUAGGUGCAAUAUUAUAUUAUUGACAAAUUUUUCAUGACUAUACAUUACAGAUCUCUCCACAAAUACAUCCUUAUUAGAUUCUACAUCUCGUAAAGUGUAUAUACAGUUAAUAUAUAACUGUUGGAGUCUGUAUUGUAACGAGUUUCGUAAAGAAUAACGAAUAUUACAACGAAACUCUUGAUAUAAAUUCUGAUACUAUGUAUGUACUUAGGAUUAAUCUGUGUUUGCCGAUUAAGUUAACUGCUUUUUUUAUGCACAUUUAUGUAUAAAUAGGAAUGCCUUUAAUAAUUUUUAUCUUUAUGAUAAAAUUUAUCUUUAUGUAAGAACGUUAAGUUUUUAGAAUGGCCGGACAAUUGUGCUUAUUCAAACGCACAAGCAUUUUUACAUUACGUGUAUUUUUAUUUUCUGACAUCUUGACAAUUUGCAAAUGAAAACACAUCUCG